CGUAUUAAAAUGGCGCCUGCAAGUGUUUAGAAGAAAGCGCCGUAUUUCAAACAUCAGAAGUUAAAAAUAAAUCAAUAAAUAAAAAUAAAACGACUCAUCCAUUCGGAAGUAUUAUUAUUUUUAUUAUUACACCAGUUUUCUAGGCGUGGACGAUUAAAACUACACAGAUGCCAUGGACAGUGUGAAGAUGGAAUCUGUCCCAAUUAAAGAGGAGUUCCCUGAACAUGAACCUGUCCCCUUUAGUGUGGCUUUCUCUGGGAUGGCUUCCCUCCCCAUUAAACAGGAGCUCAGUGAGAUGCAAUGUGACAGCAGUCAGCCAGAGGUCUCUGAGAUUAAAGCUGAGCAUGAUGACUUGGAGAUCCCCCAGACAGAAGAACUGCUUCCUAUUAAAGAAGAAGAAGGGCUGCUAGAAAUUGUCCAUAUUAAACAGGAACCCCUGAAAGAAGAGUUUGACGACAUGGAACCAGGGAAGGAAGAAUACGAGAACUUCAAACCAAACAACCCUGAGCUGGAGCCUGUACUCCUGCGGGAGGGUAGCAUGGUGCUGGAGAGAAUCUGCAUGAGAGAGCAAGACGCUGGAGAGGAAGACUCUCUCAACAGCACGCAAGGAGGUGGAAAGGAAGACAGGCGGUCAUAUUCAGAAUACAGUCUAGCAGGUUCCAGUCCAGGCACUAAAGCGAGGGUGGGCGGUGGAGAAUAUCCUGACUGUGGGAAAGAUUUCACCCAGUUAGGGCAUUUUAAAAAACACCAGCGAAUUCACACAGGAGAGAAACUGUAUUGCUGCUCUGACUGUGGGAAGCGUUUCAGUCACUCCGGUAUCCUGAAAGCACACAAGCGAAUUCACACAGGAGAGAAACCUUAUCCUUGCUCUGACUGUGGGAAGAGUUUCAGACGGUUAGGUGACAUGAAAACACACCAGCAUAUUCACACUGGAGAGAAACUGUAUCGCUGCUCUGACUGUGGGAAGAGUUACAGUCGUUCAGAACACCUGAAAAAACACCAGCGCAUUCACACAGGAGAGAAACCGUAUCGCUGCUCUGACUGUGGGAAGAGUUUCAGUCAAUCAGGAAACCUGAAAACACACCAGCGAAUUCACACAGGACAGAAACCGUAUUGUUGCUCUGACUGUGGGAAGAGCUUCAGUCAAUCGGGACCCCUGAAAUCUCACCCAGCAAUUCACACAGGAGAGAAAACGUAUCACUGCUCUGACUGUGGGAAGAGUUUCAGACGUUUAGAUAACCUAAAAACGCACCAGAAAAUUCACACAGGAGAGAAACCGUAUUGCUGCUCUGACUGUGGGAAGAGUUUCAGGGAAUCAGGAAAUCUGAAAGCACACCAGCGAAUUCACAGAGGAGAAAAACCAUAUUGCUGCUCUGACUGUGGAAAGAGUUUCAGAUAUUCAGGAUACCUGAAAAUACACCAGCGAAUUCACACAGGAGAGAAACCGUAUCUCUGCUCUGACUGUGGAAAGAGUUUCAGACAUUCAGGAGACCUGAAAAUACACCAGCGAAUUCACACAGGAGAGAAACCGUAUCACUGUUCUGACUGUGGGAAGAGUUUCAGACAUUCAGGAGAUCUGAAAAUACACCAGCGAAUUCACAGAGGAGAGAAACCUUAAAGCACAUGUUCAGUGGGACUUUUCACUCACUCAUUAUUUAAUGCAUUCUUGCAUUAUGAGUGCCUGUGUAAUAAUAAUUUUUCUAUGUCACUUGAGAAAGUGGGCGGUGAUGCGGACACGUCUCUAGUUUAACCUUUCCGCUCCGGUGAACAGUCGACCUGUUUGAGGUCUGACUGACAUAAUGUGACUUUCGGCUUGUGAUUCAGGACAAAUAUCCACUGAAAUACACCCUAUUCUAACUUUCUAAACAGCUGAGAAUCUGAAGAUUAUUAAGAGAAUAACGUUUUCACUCUAUGGUGAAUAUACCCUACGAUUACCUCGUUUGAAUGUAAAAAAAAAAGUUUUAAAAUGUACUCAAAUUUAAUUUUUCUUUAGAGAUGUCUCCAUAAGUGUAAUUUAGUGAUUUCCUACCAAAAAAUGUAAGUGGCAGGGGUAGCCUCAACUCUCAGGAACUAGGAUCAGAACAAAUUGUAUAAAUACCAGACUUGUAGUCUAGGGUUACCAUAUGGCUCCAGAUUAACGGGACGCUUUGAGACAGACCGGGAUUUCAAAAUUCCCCCUAAACUGAAAGUAAUCCACGUAUAAAUGAGCUCCACCUUUGCUGAGAUUAAUCCUGCUGUGGUGGAAUUGCUUGGGCGCAGCAAACAAGUCACACUGAUCAGCUGCUUCUGAUCAGAUCUUAAUGAACGAAUAGCUAAUCUAUCGAUAGAGCAACAAGAUGAUGAUGCUUUGAUUGUAUUUGCAGGAUAAUAUGGGCGAUUGAAUUUUAACAAACAGAAAAAAAUAGCGACUGGCUGCAAUUCAUUCUUAGUGUAAUACAAUUAUUUGACGCUGUCACAAAGACGGCCGGAGUGGGUGGUGUCAGACCAGAUCCAGGAAAUAAAACGACAGAGACUUGGGGUUUUGGUGAAGCUGAGUGCGUGAUCGCGCUCAGCAUUUAAUAAUUAAUUGACAGAACAGAAAAUACAAGGUUUGAACACAAAACAGGACACGGCACUUGCGCCAAAAUAAAGACAAACAAAACGCACUAACAUUUAACAAACGGUGCACGGACAGACAAACAAACACGGUGAGUACAAACACUUAUAUUUACGCUUUUACUUAUUUUAACUCCUCUCUCUCUCCCGUUCUCCACUCUCGAACAUUAUUAAUUGUAGCUAAGGAUGGUUCAUUUACACAUUUAUUUAUUUAAAUUUUGAAAUCCCGUUCUGUCUCACUGUAUCUGGUUAAUCUGGAGUCAUAUGGUAACCCUAUGUAGUAGAGUCCUUAAACUUCGAGUCCGGGUCCCGAUUGUCGAGUAUGAGUCCUUGAAACACUCAAAUCAUUUGAUUUCUUUUUUCCAGCUAGAUUAUUCUAUUUGCAUGCCUUUUUCAACUUGUCUGUCACUAUCGUCUUUUAGAAUUUGAAUACUGUUUGAAUGUACCUGAAGCUUAUAGUUAAGCUUUAACACUUUCAGGACCAAACAUUUUUCAGUGGGAUGCUACCCCAGGACCAGGUGCUUUUUGGCUGUUGUUGACUAAAUUUACUAAAUUUUACAGUAGCAUCUUGCAAAUGGUGUCCUUGUUUUCCGAACACUCUGGGGAACAUUUAAAGUACUUCAGAAACCAUAUAAACUUUUUGCUUUUUUUUCUUAUAUUUUUUAAAAGUAAUUUUUAUUAUGUAUUCUGCUUAGAGGUACGUUUAUAAAAAUGUGUUAUUCUGUGACCUGAGGGACCUUACAAUACUUCCUGAAAGUUUUGUUGAAAAAUAUUGAUGUUUGGGCAGAUUACAAGACAUUGUUUCACCUGAGUGAUUGCAAUGACAUAAUACACAUUUAUUCACAGGGUGUUUAUAAACAAUAAUGGACUCUACUCUUGAUUGUUUUCUCAAAAUAAAUAUUUACACAGCCCGGCUUCACCCCGUUAAACAGAUGGGAUGAACGGCAUUGUUGAUGUGCCAAUGUCACGUGAGAGGGGGAAGUGAAACACACAUUACCCAGAAGAAGGAAAGUGCAAUUCAUUAAGAAGAGACUGGGGGUUCAGCGAGCAAGCAAACACUGUUAACCGUCCGCACAUGGUAUUUCCCCUUUGUGUAUGUUCAUAAAGGAACAAAAACAUGAAGUUCACACAAUACAGAUUUCUAGGUUGAGACUGCACAGCGUAUUGUUAAUGUGUUUUCCCCACAUCCAUAAUAAAUAAUUUUCAUUUUGGUAAAUUAAGUGGUAUUAAGUUAUUCUGUCGUUCUUUUUUUUAAAUCAAUCUCUCCUUCUAUCCUAUCAGUCUGAUAUAUCUGGUUGACAGGCAAUUUUCAACUGAAUUUGCCAGGUGAAUUCAUUGACGUUGUUUGCAAACGGUGAUGGCGUGUGCUGGGAACGAGUGGAUAUUAGAAGCAAUAAACAGAAUAUUUAAUCACACAACCACUUUAUGAUAUGAAUUAAGAAGCUCUAAAAGUAUGAUUUAUAACUUAAAUGAUUAUUUUUCAUUAGUUUUUGUUUUCAGUAAACUCAAUUAAAUUAAGUAUUUUUCAAGAAUGCAGUUUUAGAAAUGUAUUUCUACAGUGCAAAAAACUUAGAACACAGUUUAAAGUAGUAAAGAGAAAUAAGUACUUACUUGUUUACCAUGCUGACAUCAUUUAUUCCUUCUAGAACUUAAUGCAAAAGAGGAAAAGAAAACUUGGUCUGCGAUAGCUGCAGCUGGGUUUUGUGUAGAGGUGUGUA